AUGUUUGUACCCGAACACAUCACAGCUACCGGAGAUGAGAUGCACGGACACUCUGGCCCUUCCCGCCGUAACAAUCGUCAGUCUCUUGUCGAACAAAUGGAAGUUCCGGACAGAAUAACAGUGACUGGAGGUGACAGUUAUGGCAGAAUAACAGAAGAUUAUCGCAACGGAAUGGACAAGCUUCCAACAGAAAAUGGGCACUAUUUGAAUGACGUGCCGGAUGUGCUCACUGUUGCUGAUACUCAAUAUCCUGUCGAAGAUGCACGUCGCCAGAUAGAUACUGCCCGUACAGAUAAUUCGAUGGUAGUUGAUGAAGAUCCUCUUCGUGAACUAAAAAUGCUCCGUCGUCAAAUGGGCAGAAUUAAUGCGAGAGUUUUCGAAUUGGAAGAGAACAAUGAGCGGCGUAAACACCGAGAACAAGCAUUCUUUGUGGCUCUUCUCGGGGUUGCCAUCACGGCAAUUUGGUCCAUUUUCAAGCGAUAG